UAUGCCUCUUCACUGUGGUUUAGACUGGUGAGUGUUGAAGAAAAGGCUGAGUACCGAUUAGCAUCCAAACAGCAUGUUGAUCAUAACAUAAGUUUAAAAGUUGUUUAGGAACAAUCCGCCUGUACAGUGUUGCUGUUCAAAGUGUUGGCGGAUUGGCGGAAGUGGAAAACAUGACUGCCAACGAAGACCAGGAGAUGGAGCUGGAGGCUCUGCAGUCAAUAUAUGAAGGAGAUGACUGCUUUAAGGAGCUGAGCCCAGUUUCCUUUCAGUUUAGGGUAGGGGAUCUUGAUGACUCCAAAUCAUUUAUGGUAGAAGUGUCAUGGCCAGAAAGCUAUCCUGAAACUGCACCACAAAUAACAUUAGAUACCUUUUUCAACAACAGAUUAUCCACGGAGACAAAGCAGUACAUCCUCUCGAAGAUGGGUGAGCAGGUGGAGGCCAACCUGGGCACUGCCAUGAUGUACACACUCUUUGAGUGGGCCAAAGAGAACAGGGAAACACUUAUGGAAAACCACCAGCCUGUGACAUCUGCUGUGACUGUGAUAUCCAACAGUGAUAUUAUGAAUAAUUCCAACGCUGUCAGUAAGAAAAAAGAAAAGAAAGAGCAACUAACCAAAGCACAGAAGCGGAAACUGAUUGGAAGAACAGAUAACAAAGGAGAGCUACCGAGAGGAUGGAACUGGAUAGAUGUUAUUAAGGUACAUUAUAAGCAUUAUAUAUAAUAACUUAAACAAAUAUAUUUAUAGUUCUUUUCUGAAUUAUUGCAACAUGUUUCUCCUUUUCCCAUGUGCCUCCUGGUUAUAUGUUCAUAUUUGCCAACAAACAGCAUGUAAGCAUUUUUUUUUUAUAUAAUUGUAUAAUUUAAAAAUAUACAGUACUGUGCAAAAGUCUUAGGCCACCAUGCCACAAUUAGAUUAGUUGUUUUUGCAAUGUUAUAGUGAUCAUAUAUAAUUAUUUCUCAGUCUCUUUAAUAGAAUACAUCCAGAAAAUACAGGAAAUGUUUAUAUAUAGUAUUAAAAACUAUAUAAAAAUGUAAACUCCCCUUCCACUUGAGCAAUAGCAAGAAACUGCAGGAUCUCUUAAACCUAAAUAAAAAUUUAAAUCCUACUUUCUAAUUUUAAAGAAAUUAAUCUUUUUACUUCAUUCUGCUCAAGAUGUGUUUAGUGCCAAGAGAGGUAACACUAAACAUAGACGAUGCCUAAAGAAGACAUUUAGUCCUGAAAAUGUAAUUUUUUUGUACAUAGAUAUUUGCUGUAAUUUCUGUUUUUAUUUUAAUAAAAUAGAUUGAAAAAUAAAACAUUAAAACUUUUAAAACAACAAGUCUGGUGGUGGUGGUGGUGGCCUAAGACUUUUGCACAGUACUGUAUAUAUUUAAUAUAAUAUCAAUAUUACAACACUAUAGUUCUAUUUUCAGUAAACAUUAUGCACUUUUUUUUGUGACCUUAACGAGGUUUAUUUUUUACUUUGUUUAAACAGCUGAGCAAAACAGGCGGAAAAGAGGAGGAUUAGAUAAAUGCUGCGGGAGAAAAAUGGAUUGAAGUAGUGCCGGAUGAAUGCUUGAAUGAAAUGUGUCUCUGUGCACUUGUUUUUAAAGAAAACUCAAAUGAAUGCUCCCUGGCCAUGAUUUUAUUUCAUCUGAAGCUGCUGCUCUGUUUUUUGCCACAGAGCCAUAUUGACACCGAGUGCAAACUCGAGCACUGCUUGUGUUUUCAAAGACAGUGAACUGGUUAUUGUUGUUAUUUACAGUGAAACACCCUUAAGGCAUGAACGGAUUGGGAAAAAAUGGAGUGUGAUGUUCUGUUUCAAAGUAAACAAAUUUUGAACCUGAGAGUGCAAUGACCGUAAAAUUUAAUUGUACUUGGUUUUACAUUGGAUGCAAAAACAAAAUGUGUCAACAAAAUGAGUUUCACAUAAUAAAUUUCACGAGGUCCUGUGCCUUUUUGUAAAAACA